AUGCUUAAUGAAAAGACAGCCAAAACAAUACUCACAGAGGGCAAGAAAGUUCUCAUUACAACAGAAGCACUGAAGGAGAUGGGGGUUAUUCUUGAGAAAAAAGACAAGCCCCGGGGCGUGUCGAAUGUCCACACGAUAUACAAAGUAAAGACCGUCUCUGGACAGACAAAAUGGGUCUCUGCAGCCUCUCUGGAGACAGUUGACACGGCUCUUCUAGGGGAAGCCACCGGCCUAGGAGUUGCAUGGCCCAAAAUAGUGCUGCCCCCCGCAUACAGAGAUCUUCUUACAGAAGAAAAGAACGCAAUGCGGUCGUACAAAGAGCCUCCUUCUGGGCGCAUGUCCGCAGAAGAAGUCUUCAACCUCUUUUACGAUGUGCAGGCUGAGCAAAGACCGCACUGUGUUGAAGAAAUCAAGGAGGCUGUCAAAGGAUUCAAAGAAAUGUUUCUGUACAGUGUUCACACGUGCAUUUUGUACAAAGAGGAGAGGGCGUACUAUGAGGAGUAUCUGUACCCAGCAACCUCAAAGAUACUCCAGACAUACAGCCUCACACACAUACUGAGAAUGCUUCUCAUCAUACGCCGCAUCAUGCCCACUCUCAAUCUGACAAAGGAGCAUGCAGAGUACAUUGGAGAGUACAUUAAGCUAUUCAUAGUGUUCCUGCAGACCCACCAAGAGUCCCUAGAAGAGCAGUAG